AGUGACCACUGUGGCAGAAUGAUGCCCCGGUGCCUGGCGCAGGUGCGGCAGCUCGAGACGCGGGUGGCCCGCAGACGCCUGUCCCAGGCCCGCCACCGAGCCACCCUGAAAAGACUCUUCAGUAACCUCAGGAGAAUCGUUUACCACCAGUCUGACAUCACAGCCUCAAAGUGGCAGGUUUUGAACAGGGCGAAGAAUCAUAUUCGGGAACAGGAAAAAGUCUUGGAUCAUCUGCUGAAGGUGAAAGAAGCCUUCAACCUGGAGGAUGGGAAUGCAAACAGCUUAGAGGAGGUCAAGGAAAUAUACGCCAGCAUGUUCUGCAGAAAUCACAGCUUCAGGCCUGGGAGAUGGUGUCCUUUCUGUUCCAGGUAUCUCAACUUUUACAAGCAGACAAUGGACCUUCUGACCGGAAGCGGGAUGAUCUCCUCGCAGGAGGUGACACUCCCUGUGGUCUCUGCCGCCAUCUCCCACCUGUGGCAGAACCUCUCGGAGGAGAAGAAGGCCGUUUUCCUGGAGGCCUUGGCGCAGAAGCACAGCAGCCUGCUAGGCCUCGAAGGGGCUGCCCAGGAGCCGGCCUGUGCUGAGGGCAGCAUGAAGGACAGUGGAGUUGACAGCCAAGGGGCCAGCUGCUCGCUCAUGUCCACCCCGGAGGAGUUCCUUUUUGAAGAUGCGUUCGAUGUGGCGUGUUUCCUGGACAAAUGUGAGGAUCCAAGUACAUCUAGCUCCGGUUCCUUGUUUGCCAGCUGCCACCCGGAGAACCCAGAAGAGAAGUUUCAGCUCUAUACGCAGCUCGUUGACUUCUUUAAUGGCCUUUGCUGUGUUAACACUCAGCCGCAACAGGAACCAGACCCUCCUCCCCUGGACCAUGAGCUGUUGAUGCUGCAGUGCAUGGAGACCUUUGACGAUGAGGAUCUGUAAUGCAGCACAGCUGGGAGGGAAGGGGUGCGUGAGC